UGCACAUCGUGAUGCAUUGGAUGCUUUUGCGUGUUUAGUACAUUACAGGCGACAAGAGACACAAGAAUGAGCAGUCUAUUCACGGCUCCCGGUGCUUUUGCUUUUACUCAUUUGGUGUAAAAAGACUACAGACUGAGAGAUCACACACAGUCCAUCAUCAGUGGAUUUAAGGGCGCAUUGUUGUUGUUUUCCCCCCUUGACCUUGCCUUUUGACGCGCAAAAGCAGCAUGUUAAUGAUGGAGAGCAGCGGGAUAGACGCGCAUCAGGUUGAACUGGACGCCGACUAUGAGCCGCACUGCCGACCGAGGUCGUGCACCUGGCCGCUGCCGUGUCCGGAGGAGGAGAGCCGUGCGCUGCCUGUGAAAGUGGAGCCGCGCAACGUGCCGGCGUGCCGGAGCGGUGGGGCGCCGACGGAGUUCAAGCAUCCAGCCGGCGCCCCUGCCCCUAUAGCGGCAGCCCCAGCGUGCAUGUCCGGCGCCGCGCUGGAUGUGGCCGGCCAGCUGCGCAAAUCCAAGUCGUCGCGACGGAACGCGUGGGGCAACCAGUCCUACGCGGAUCUGAUCACGCGUGCCAUUGAGAGCACCCCAGAGAAAAGGCUCACCUUAUCGCAAAUCUAUGACUGGAUGGUGCGAUUUGUGCCAUAUUUCAAGGAUAAAGGAGACAGCAAUAGCUCAGCCGGCUGGAAGAACUCCAUUAGACACAACCUCUCCCUGCAUACCAGAUUCAUCCGUGUUCAAAAUGAGGGAACAGGAAAAAGUUCCUGGUGGAUGCUUAACCCGGAAGGUGGGAAAAUGGGCAAAGGACCCCGCAGACGAGCUGUAUCCAUGGACAAUGGCACUAAGUACCUGAAGAGCAGAGGCAGAGUCAGCAGGAAGAGAACAGCGGCUGUGGGAAUGGGUAGAGAGCUUGGAGCACCUGGAAUACAGGGAUCGCCUGAACAUGGAAGCCCAGCAGGGAAGGGAGUAAUGGGCAUUGGAAGUGAAGAGUUUGAUGCCUGGACAGACCUUCACUCCAGAACAAGUUCCUCUGCAUCAACGUUAAGUGGAUGCUUGUCUCCUAUUCUGGCUGAGACAGAACCUGAUGAACCAGAGGAAGGAGGACUUUCUUGUUCAGCCUCCCCACGACUCUACCCUAGCCCCACCAGCACAAGAUCUCCAGCACUGGGAACAGGUGGACAUUGUCCAUCUGUUGAGCUUCCGCAUCUAGCUGAUCUAACUGGAGCAAUCAGCUUGGAAGAGGGCUACUCCCAGCCUCUACCACUUAAGCGCAAUGGAUAUCACUAUGGCCCUGCACCUAAAGCAGAGACCUCCUACUGUGGUACAGUCUAUGGCCAACCAUCCAUGGGCAUGCUUAGGCAUCAUACGCCUAUGCAGACUAUUCAGGAAAAUAAGCCUACUAGCUUCCAGCGUGCCCUUAGGGCAUACUCAGAGAACAAUGCCCUUGAAAGUUUGCUUGCUGGAGGGCCACAAUACUGUGGUAAGGACAUGGUUGUGGGGCAAGGAGGAACAUCUCAUUCACUUAUGUCACAAUCUAAUACUGCUGUGCAUUCUCACGGCCACAAUCAGAGCCACAAUCACAGCCAGAAUCACAAUCAUAACCCAGAGCAUGGCCACAAUCGCAAUUCCAGUCAAAGCCUUCACAAUGGUCAUGGAGUAACUCAUGAGCAAAACCCAAGCCAUCAUCACAAUCCCAAUCAAGCUCAUAAUAAGCAUCACCCAAGUCUUGAUUACAAUCACCAUAAACAACACCGUGGCCAUGACUAUGUUCAAUCUCAUGACCACAAACUCAAUGCUAGUCCCAAUCACAUGCACAAUCACCUUCAGCAUAACAAUUCCAGACAACCAGAUCUUUCUCCUAGGGUGAGCAAUGACAUGUUGCAACCCUACAACCACAAAUCACCCAGCCUUUAUGGCCCACGUGCUCAUCUUCCUUCUACUGCUCUGCCUCCUAACCCUGCCAGUGUCUUGGAUGUACCCCAAGACCCAUGUCGCCUGGCUUCAGCUCCCCAUCCUCGCCAUCAAUCCUACCCAGGUUCCCACCUCCACCAGGGCAUGACAGAACCCUGGCAGGGGUAUUACCACCACACAUCACAGAAUGCUAAUUACCAUGGAAACCACCAAGCUAGCCAUCACCAUGAUCCUCAAAAUCGGUUGCAAUCUGAGCUGGAAAUGGAUGUGCACCAGAGCAGUUUGGAUUGUGAUGUGGAAUCCAUCCUCCUGAAUGACUUUAUGGACUCAACAGAGGGAAUGGACUUUAACUUUGACGGGUCAUUAUCACAGGGUGUGGGCAUGGGAAUGGGUUUGGGGAUGGGAAUGGGAGUUUUUGCAGGACCUCAACAAUCACACAAUAGCCAGAGUUGGGUGCCUGGGUAAACCGAGGGGACAUUGAGGACCUACAUAUAGGCAAACAUUCAACCAUACAGCCUUCUGAAGGGCAGCAGGUCAAGUUGGGAAUUAUAAGGAACAAACUGACCAAUAUUCCCUUUCACUGAUGUCAGAUUCUGGACUCAUAAUUAUUCCCUGAAAAAUCCAACCCCACCCCACCCCAUCUACUCCAUUGUCCCUGCUGUGGAAUAAUGUCAUAGUGCCCUAACAGUCUUUUCUGUGGUUCAUGUCCUUCAGUUUGUGCUCAAUUCAUCACCUCCAUCUCUUUCUGGGCAAAAGCUCUGAAGCACUUUACAUGGCCAUCCAUUCUGAUGCUGUAACGACCACCCCGCGACCUGGGAGGAAUCACAUUGUCCGCUGGCCUGGGUUUAAUGUAUGCAAACGACUUUGUUAUCCUUGCUGAACAAAAAAAGUAAAUAAUUAAGCAUUGGUGUUGUUUUACUAAACAUGAGUACAGGAUUGAGCAGUUGCUAUAGCUGUCUGAGUGUCUGUGCUGUCAUUUGUGUAUUCGUCAGUGUGUGCGGGUGUGUGAGUGUCUGAGUGUGGAGCUGCUUUUCUUUGGUAAAUGUACGCACCUCCUCCCAAGGAGGUCUAUUGGAUGUCCCUUUAUUGUGGGCCAGGACAGUCAUCCAUCAGACACACUCUAUUGAUAUUCAGCAUAUCCUUUUUAAUCUCCAAAGUAAUGCACCAGCUAUGCAUCACUGUUGCAAAUAGAAUGUGAUGCUCAGAGAGCACAGGGCUGUUUUUUUUUUUCCCCCGGACACACAACGGCUUAAUGUGUUUUGGCGAAAGUGAUGAUUAAAGUCACUCUGCAGUAAAUGGGGGGGCAGGAGGAGGGGUGUUAGAAGGAGGUAGGGAGGGCAGAGAUGAAGAGAUAGAGGGGGAAAAGGAGAAAUGCAAAUAUUAUCACUAUGCCCCCUUCCUCUCCAUUCUGUGAAUUUAUAAAGCUUUUCCUGUAAUGAAAUAAGGAACGAUCCAACACUACCGCAUAUCCUGUGCAGGGCUCUUUCCUUGUUCACCUCAGCCUAGCUACUCUGUGGCACCCCUCGUCUUAAGCCAAUGCCUUGGCUUUAUUUGAGCAACAUUAGUAUCCUUUACUGUCUUUCAGCCCUACCCAUGUCUCUACCCAACCUAAUCAAUGAUAAUUGAUCAAAUUUGAAGCUUUGUCAACCUUCAUUAACUGGUAAUUUAAUACAGAACUGGACUCUGGAAUCGUCCCUGUAACAAGUAACUCAACUAACCAACUGAUGGUAGCGCCACUGUAGCUCAAAGGGAUGCUUUCUUAUAUAUAGACUGAGGUCUCAAAAACUUAAAACUAAUAUAUAUAUAUAUAUAUAUAUAUAUAUAUAUAUAUAUAUAUAUAUAUAUAUAUAUAUAUAUAUAUAUAAAUAGUUACAAUUCCACCAUCUUCCAAAGCCAAUGCUGAUUUAGUCAGCGAGCAAAAAAAAAAAAAAA